AUGGCUCACAAGCUCGCGUCCUCAUUGCCGGCAUGGCAGAAGCUGCAGCAGCUCUACGACACCAAGGGCAAGCAGAUCAACCUCGGUCAGGCUUUCAAGGCCGAUCCGCAGCGAUUCGAAAAGUAUUCGCGCGAGUGGAGCUCCAAGGCCACUGAUGCCCGUUUCCUGUUCGACUAUUCGAAGAACUUGAUCGACGAUGAGGUGCUCGAGCAGCUGCUCGCUCUCGCCGAGCAGGCUCAAGUCAAGGAGCAGAUCGACGCCAUGUUUAGCGGCGAACACAUCAAUACCUCUGAAGACCGUGCUGUUCUGCACGUCGCUCUGCGUGAUGUUCCUGGCGACUUCAAGAUCAACGAGGCGGGUGUCGACGAGGUCAAGCCUGAACUCGAGCACAUGAAGGCUUUCUCCGAGGCUGUGCGCUCGGGUGCGCACAAGGGUUAUACUGGCAAGAACAUCAAGAGCAUCGUCAACAUCGGCAUCGGUGGCUCGGACCUCGGUCCGGUCAUGGUCACUGAGGCGCUCAAGCCUUACUCGAAGCGUGAGCUGGAUGCUUACUUUGUUUCCAAUAUCGACGGUACGCACAUGGCCGAGACGCUGCGUGUGUGCGAUCCCGAGACUACGCUGUUCAUCGUGGCCUCCAAGACGUUCACCACGCAGGAGACCAUCACCAACGCUACCACAGCGCGUGACUGGUUCCUGGAGCACGCCAAGGACAAAGCGCACGUUGCCAAGCACUUUGUAGCGCUUAGCACCAACGUUAAGGCUGCUACCGAGUUUGGUAUUGCCGAGCAAAACAUGUUCAAGUUCUGGGAUUGGGUGGGUGGCCGAUACUCGCUGUGGUCGGCAAUCGGUCUGUCGAUUGCGAUUGUGAUCGGCUACGACAACUUUGAGCAAUUGCUGCUCGGUGCUCACGAGAUGGACGUGCACUUUAAGAACACGCCUCUGAAGGACAACUUGCCGGCGCUCAUGGCUCUGCUCGGUAUCUGGUACAUUGACUUUUUCGGCAAGCACCACGAGAUCCUGCUUUCCAACUUUUUCGCGCAGCCCGAAGCGCUUGCUUUCGGCAAGUCCGAGGCUGAGGUCAAGCAGGAACUGGGUGCUGAGGCGAGCAAUGAGUUCCUCGUUAAAUCCAAGGUGUUUGAGGGCGAUCGACCUACCAACUCGAUCCUGGUGCAAAAGAUCACGCCUGCCGCACUCGGCGCUCUGAUCGCGCUCUACGAACACAAGAUUGCGGUACAGGGCUUUGUCUGGUCCAUCAACUCGUACGAUCAGAUGGGUGUCGAGCUGGGCAAGGUAUUGGCCAAGAAGAUUCUGCCCUUGCUCGACGGUUCGGAUGCCAGCAAGCUCGAUGGUGCAGGUCAUGAUUCUAGCACCACGGGUCUCAUCAAGUUCUUUUUGAACAACCGCAACUGA